AUGUUGAAGUUCCUCUCAAAGGUAAAAAUUGAAUUCAACGCACUAGACCCACGCACAGCCUCAUGUAUGGAAUUCUUAGCUCAAUGCAAUGCCCGCAAGGCCAAAGAAUCCAACCCUUCUUGCCAAGUUCUUGUCAAGCGCCGCACCGACGACCACCCACCACAGAUCACUGUCACUUUCGUCAACGGCGUUGAGGAAGCUUUCGAUGCCACUUCUACUCCUGCACAAACCAUUAGGACCAUGAUUUUGGAGAAGGGCCAGCAUCUUGAGACCGAGCAGAUGUUUCGUGAAGCUGGAGAGAAGUGGCCUGUUAUUAUUCCUGUAGAAGAGCUCCAACAGUAUGCUCCUGGUACUAAGCCAAGGAAAGCAGAAGAGAAGAAGCAAUGA